AUGGAGAUCGAAGAGACACAGCAGGCGAAUACGGCCGAGAUCGUAAAAAAUGUGAGUGCGAUCGGUGAACUAAACGAUCUUGGAAAAAAUUACGUUCAGUACGACGUUCCACAAAUGAUCGGUGUUCCGGGGUUUUACGAAACUGGUAUAAUUUCUAUGACCGACCGGAAGAAAGCAAAAUUUAUCACUUUCGGUGUAGGUGGACACGAAAUAAAUUCCAGAGCCUAUUCACCCCUCUACGGAUUUUUCGAUGGAAGUGGUGGUAACGUUGUUAUAAACGCAGUAACAACACGAAGUGCAAUCGUUCGUACGACGUUCAUGUUUGCGUACGGUAGUAACAAAAUAUUAGUGAUCGGACUAGAAUUUAAGAAUGUAAGUUCGACGGGAAAAGUAACCAACCGGACGGAAGCAACAGAUUUAAAAUGUUUUUUCGUUACUACGACUUAG